AUGUCGGUGGAUCGUGGAUCACCUCAGAGACCCGGCUCAGGAUCAGGUGCUGGAAGAGGCAGCGGUGCUACCAACAAUCCCACUGCUGUCCAACGACACCCCUUCGCUCGAACGCCCUCAACAGAACCACCGCGCUUCCACCUACCACGAGACUCGAAUCAAUCUUCGUCCGCAUUGCAUCCGUCGUCAGGCAUGGAUGGCACACUAGCCGUCGACCUGAGCUCGAGAUCAUCCAGCGAUCCGGAGCAUCCUCCCCUCGAUGCAUCAGUCAACAGUCUGCCGCCAUUGUCAGGCUCGUACGCAAGUCACAAUGCCGACUUGGAUGGCUCCGGUCGCCCUGCGUCUGUUUCCAAGUACUGGUCAGAGCCUUCCGGCUCUCGACCAGCAUCCAUGCCCUACGCUGUCGUUGACACCGAGCAGCACGACGAUUUUGUAGCGGAUGAGCGCUCCGGACCUCAGUCCCACUCAGCAAGACUGCACAACAAGUCGACAAGCUACGCAUCUUCCACCGACGGCGACCUCACGCCCAUUGCAUCCUCCUCCCGCUCAACGACAGCAGCCAGCACCCGUAUACCCACGCCGCUUGUCGGUGUCAAUCUUACCGACCAGCAGAUUGCAGAUAUGACCGAGUCCGACGUUUCAGAGUACGAUGAUAGCGUCAAGCUGCGGCGAGCCCGACGAGGCAGUGGCGCAAACCCAAGCGCAACAUCCAUGUUCAGCUCUAUCACCAAAAGUUUUCGUGGCGAGCCCUUCUGGAACAGAUCCGGCCCCAACUACGCCCCUUUGGCCGCGACUCGCUCACGCAGUCUCAAAAAGUCCAAAUGGAACCGCAAUUCUAAGACAGACAAGAUGCUCUUCUCCUCUUCAACUUCUGGCUUGUCCAAGGAUCGCAGCCGCAAUCGCAGACCUGGCUCAAUAUGGACACAUCCGUUGCGUAUGUUUGCUUCCUUCUUCAGCAAGAUCUUUCGAACUGUCUUUGGCCCAAUUCAUCCGGUCACCAUCGUUCUGGCACUGGUUCUCAUUGCCAGCUUUGUGGCAUCCGUGACCAAGCUCAUCAUCUACAUCUUGAAUCCGGACAAGGAGCCCUUGCCGUGGCGCACCUAUUGUCAGAAACAGCCAUCCUUCCCGCACGCCUAUGCGGACGCCCUUGCACCCGUGGACGUCUUCGUCGGCGUCUUCAGCAUUGACAGCGCUUACGAGCGUCGACAUCUCAUUCGGAGCACCUAUGCGACGCACACUUUGCCCGUCGACCCAAACACAGGCACACCCACUAGCAAUGUCCAGGUCAAGUUCAUCAUCGGCAAGCCGCGGCAGGCCCAUGCGAGACGAGUCGCUCUCGAGAUGGAGACCUUCAACGAUCUCGUGGUGCUCGAUAUGGAUGAGAACAUGAACAGAGGCAAGACGCAUGCCUUCUUCCGGUGGGCAGCAGAGAACGCAACGGUACCUUUCCUGCGAGCGGUCGAGGACGAUCAGCAGCAGGCGGGUAGUGCCUCCCUGGGACAGCGAGGGUUGCAUGGAAAUGGGCAUGGUCAAACGCGGGAAGUUCUCGGUGGAUCUUCUGACCAGGCUCAACGCUAUCAGGUACUGUGGAAGAAGGCCGACUAUGUGGUCAAAGCCGAUGACGAUGCCUAUCUCGUUCUCAAAGAGCUCGAGCGACAUCUUCGUGUGGCGCCACGCCAAAUGACCUAUUGGGGCUACCUGAUCCGCAACUGGUUCAUGGGUGGCGAGUGUUAUGCGCUAUCCAAUGACUUGGUGCAGUACGUGGCGCACUCGGAGAAUGUCCUACACUAUGUCAAGGGCAAGGAAGACAAGAAGGUGGCGCAAUGGAUCAACUUGCAUCCGAACCGAUCCGACAUUCACUGGGUCUCGGAGCAUUGCUGGAUUUACGAUCAUCCGAAGGCAGGCACGGCGUACUCGCAUGGAUUCUUGUUCCCUGACUACGUCGAGAAGAUCAAGCUCGAAGGUCGACGUGGACUGACGGACCAAGAGAUCGCACGUCGUGGUGGCGAGCAUCGGGCCAAGUCAUACUCGACUGUCUCACGCUGGCAUUCUCCCUAUGUCGAGCCACGAAAUGAUCUCACCAUCGAAGAGGAAGUCGAGGCAUUGGUGGAAGGUGGAGGACGAUGGGCAGGUACAUGGGUUCGAGGUGAAGAGGGCAAUGUCACACAGAUCUGGGUGGCAUGGCAGCAGAUUGUCUUUGAAGCAAAUGACGAGCGUCUCAGACUGGCGACCCUUGACAAUUUCGGAGCGCAUCCUACACUGGCAGAAGAAGUUGGCGUCGACCCUGCUUCUGGUCUCACCGUCCGACACAUCAACGCCGUGAAACCCAAGCCACUUGACCCUCUUGCCAAUAUUGACGGCGAGCUGCAACAGACCGAAAAGCGAAAACGCGAUAUACCCUUCCUAGCGCAUCUUCCAUCCGUGCCUGGCUUCGACUUUGGCGCUGGUGGUGUAUCACGCGCUGCAGCCGAAGGACGCAAACGAUCAUUCGCCAACGCGGCCAUGCAGCCACGCAUGAUACCCCUGCCUACCCACAAGGAUGGCAAUGGCGAAGCGGAAGAGCUGCAUCGUCGAAGAUACCUCGGACGACGCUUCGGUGGAACAGUCGUGGUGCAUUACCUCAAGAAGAGCGAGUGGUUCUACGAGACAGCGUUGGCGUUCUCUGGUCGUGGACGAUUCUGGCCGGAUGGCGCUGGUGGAACGGGUAGCGAGUGGAGAAUGUAUGGCAGUCCAUUGGUGCAGCACGAGGAUGGGUACAUUAGUGGCGGAAGGAGUCAGCCGAGACCAGACAUGGAGAUGGCGUACAUGCAGCAGGCUAGAAUCCAGGCGCAAGCAAAUGCUGCUCAGGCUCAGGCGCUGACAGCAAGGAUGGGCAGCUUUACCAAGCCCAAGGCUGGCAACGCUGGUCCACCCGUGUCACCGCUGUCUCCUCCUGAGCAACAGCAGCAGCAACAGCAGCAGCCGCCGCCGCCACAACAAUAG